GAGCUGGCAUUGUAAAUUUGACAAUACAUUCAAACAUGGCACCUUAUGUUAGUUUUUUUUGACAUUUGGUGAAGCAGAAGGAGCCGAACUGAAAAGUUAGUAGAAUCGACCAAACAGUUAUGCGUGGUACGGUUUUUGCAAAUUGUUUUCUUGUAAAGUAUAUAAUAUAGAGAUAAAAAAAUAAUGUUUUAAAUAGUGUAAAAGAAUAGGCUGAAGGUAGUUUAAACGCGUGAAAGAAUUACGACAAGAAAUUUAGUAAAUUUUACAUUUUGCGCGUCGGUGGUGAAAUUAUUUCUUAGCUUCUGCAUAAAUAAUGACUACCAAAAAAGCGUGUGAAGAGGUAAAGCAAUGUGUACAACAAAAAUUUUCCGAUAUACGUGCAUGUCUGGACAUGCGAGAGAAAUUGUUGUUGCGUCAAUUAGACGUCAUUGCUCAGCAAAUGGAGCGCAGUAAUUUAAAUGGCGCUGCAGCUGCGUAUAUUUUAGAUGCAAAAACUGCAACUAAUGAAAAUGAUUUCCUAUUUCUUGUGGAAAAUGAAGACGAACUACUAGCAGCGAUACGUUCCUUUGGGCGGUUUCAUUUAGAUAAUGUAAAUCUUGCACUACAAGAUUUAUAUCUUAAACAAGAAGACUAUAUAACACCCACCAAUGAUCAUGAAACUAUGUACAAAUGUUUACAACAGAAUGGUAAUGUUGAUGAUAUACCAGUCGUGUUAGAAGAUGAAGAACAACCAACUUCAAUAGUUGUUGAUUUUUCCAAAAAUAAAUCACUUAUAGAGCACAAUGCCAAAAACAUGAAUGAAUCUAUUAUUAAUAUAACAUUAGCAGAAGCUAAAGAACUGAUAAGAAAAGCAAAAAACAAACGUGAGCAACCAGUACCACCAUUAAAUUUAGAAGAACUUAACGAUGAGCUGGAAUCAUCGAUUGCUGAAGCUGUGUCAAGUCUAGCACGAGAAUCACCAGAAAAUACAAAAUUUUCACAAACUAGCUUGGACAAAAAAUACAAAAAAAGUCGCUUCCAACCAAAAAUUACUAUUAACAAUUGUAAUGGUACAAUAAAUCUACGCAAUAUAUCCAAUCUAACUAUUAAUUGUGCUAGUGAGGAUGCCGUUAACGCUGAUAUACCUCUGCAGCAAGAAGCAUCACAGAAUAAUGAAAAUGAUGCAGAAAAUGUAACUACUACAGAUUUUUCGAAAAAUACUAAUAGUACAAAUAAUUCUAAGCAAUCAAGUAUUUCGAAUUCUGUAACUAAAACAAACUAUAUGGAAACUAGUUCUACUGGUGAUACUACACCUACCACCACAACUGGUUCGAACUCAAACUAUUCCAGUAAUGCAAGCUCACGUUCACAAUCGAGAAAACAGAAAAAAUCACAACAAAAUCUAACAGAUAGUUAUGCAACUAGUAGUUUCAUAAGCAACGUUACAUCACAAGCAAACACAAAUUCCAAAACUUCUUAUCCAAAUGCUGUUCCACACGUUGAUGAUGAUGACGAUGAUGAUGUAGAUAAUCGUGAUGUAACAUGCGAUUUUUAUAAUCGCUUACUCAACGAAAUCAAAAACAGUUUAAAGGAAAAAACAAAGCAACGUGUUGUGGACAAUUCACAAUAUUUAAUUAGUUCCAGUCGUAGUGUUCAAUCAGCAGCAGCAGACUCCACAUCGGAUGCAAAUUCGAAUGCUACAAGUGUUACCACAACGAAAUGUAACACUAGUACCGGUCCAACAAGCACACAACCUGGCAGGCGUUUGGUUUUGAAAAAUUUUGAAAAUCUACGAAUUGUGCUGGAAGCAAAUAGCGAUGAAGAAACAUUUCAUCCGGUACAAAUCGAGCAAUGGUUAGCGGAAAUUAUAUCAGAAACUGAUUUGGAACCCAUGCCAAAUACAGAUAUACUGGAGCACAGCAAAAUACAUACUGAAGACACUUAAAAAGUUAUAUUUAGAUGACAAUUGAAACGUAUCAACUUAUAAGAUCCUUAUAUUUAAGGUAAUUUAGAUAAUAAGUUAUAAAUUUCCACCGAAUAUCCUUUUAGAAAUUAUAUAUAAACAUUUUAUAGCG